AUGUCAUCCCAAGGCUCCAGCAGCUCCUCAAAGGACCCUUCCAACAAACGAUCUUCCGAAUUGAUGAUGCUCAGCUACGGCGCUUCACUCGAACACCAUAAGUUCCUCGAGGACCUCAGCAGCAAGGCGUACGAUCUCGGCCUCAAAGCCGGUCAAGGACAAGCCAACCUCAAUCCCGACGACGAGACACAAGCCCUCAUCCUCAGCCUCACCGACCGCAACGACGAGCUGGAGAAGCAAGUCAAGGACCACGCAACCGAUUCGCUGCUCGAUCUUGCCAAAGAAGUCCGCGACGAUGUCAGCGCUGCUUACCGCGCCGUGAACCAUGCGACUCACGCUGAUUGUCUCAAGCCCGACGACUAUCGAACUUUGAGAGAGUCAUGCAGUAAACUCUUGCAGCUGGAGUACAAGUGCAAGGAGCGCGUUGAGCAGAUCUCACGCGGUACGGCGAAGAGACCAGGAGGUGCAUUGGAGCGUGAGCGCAGCAACAAGCGCCCGUUUCGGGGUUAG